AUGGGAUUGAACGAGAAAGAAACGAAAAUCUUACAGAACGUCACUUCGUCGGAUAACAAAGUGAGUGGGUAUAAUGCGUUCCAUUCGUACAUAAUGACUUAUUUAGAAGACAAAAAGGAAAACAACUUGAUUAUGUACUACCUGUCGCACUCUCCGCAGUGUAAAGAAGUAUUAGAUGUCAUUGACACCAGUUUAAAGCAUAAAGAAGAGUUGAUUGCAGCUGCUCGGUUAAUGACUUUGUUGUUGAAAGUCAACACAUUUGAAGAGACAAAAGACUCAAUCACUAAAUCAGUGAAUUAUCUGUUGACUGACAAGUUUGAAGGGUUCCAAAAAUGUCUGACGGCAAAUGCUAAAGCGUAUGGAGUCAAACAAUACUUCACUGAAUUACUAGUCGAGGUCUUAAAGUCGUCCGAAGCGAAUUUUGUACUUGCGUGGAAGAAGUUAGACUUUGGGUUGGGGUACUCCGUGCGGUUUAUUAACGACUUUGACAAUAAGAAUCGGCCCCAGUCUCUCCGCUUAAUACAAACGUUAUGUGAGUCCUUUGAGAACAAGAACCUCCAAGCCGCGACGACCAAUUUUCUGCAGAACCCAAAUUUGGUAGUUGCUUACUUGAAUGAUUUAGAGCUCGACGAUGCGGAGACGCAGCGCCUGUUUGUGACGAUCUUAAUGAAAGUAGCGAAGUCGGAGAAGGUGAAACGUCUUCAAAAAGCGUAUUUCUUUAAGACUCCAAUUUUAGUGAAGAUGUAUGAGAUGUUCUACGAGAACGAAUAUGGCAUCACAGAGUAUAAGGACUUACUUUAUUACCUUUGUGUAGACCCAUCUAUCAUCACACCAGAAGUCCAAACAUCAACAUUGUCCGCAUACCAAAGCAUCAUCGGCUUAUUAGACGCUUUUGUGAUGAAAGAUCCUCGGAGUCGCGCGUUAAUGAUCGACAUUCUUAAGCGACAACAACCUGAAGUCUCGCAAGUGGUGAUUAAGAGGAGGAAAUUUGGAGAGAUCGAUUUCUUAAUGAAUUACAGCGAUUUUGUUACGACGGGGUUCUACUUGACUCUGGCAAAGGAAUUGCCGGUCCCCACUGAAAAGCUGACUCUAGUCACGUUCGACAUGAUCGCAAAGAGUCUCAUCUUAAUCCAAAAACCAUUUCUAGUCAAACUUCUGUACUCCAAAAAUAGAAUCUUUAUGGCCCAAGCGAUUUUCAUAAUACUUGCGAUGGCAUUGCGCAUGGCGACGUACAAAAAGAUGACGUCUGCGGACCAAAAGUUGAUCGAUCGUAUUGCAGAGGAUCUUCCUGAUGUUCAAAUUCUGUUGUUGGUGAGUAAAACGUCUAAAAUAUUACAAGCGAAAGUGUUAGAAACGUUUGAAAUACUUGGAACGGUGUCACCGAAUUACUUGUUUAAACAAGACAACGUCUUCUUCCAAACUGUGGUGAUCGACGGGUUGAAUGGGACCGAUCAACUGGUCUUCUAUCGAUCACUGUGUUUAACACGAGUGCUCCCCGAAGAACAAGUCCUUUGGUUUGGGAAGACGAAAUUGAUGACACACCCAAAACCCUUUUUGAUUGAAGUUGUGAAGAAGAAGAUGCUUGCCAUAGAAAGUGCAUGUAAAGAGGGCGCACUUGAGAGUAAACAGGUCACCUUUUUUGAGUCGACUUUUAAUGAAAUUGUGAAGAGUUUUGUCUUCAAAGACUCUCCUCUUGAAAGUUUCUUGUAUCGGCUUGAUCUGAAUGAAAGCGAAAUACAAAAGAUGGUGGAAGUCUCGAAGAAGAUAGUACGACCCGUCCAACUUGGGAAUCGGGAAGUCUUCAAAUUGUUUUCGAAUAUCAGUGCGAUGGUCUCAAGAGGACUUGUCUUCCACUUUGCACUGGAAGGGAAUACCUUCGACACUUUGAAUUUUGGUGACUGUGUUGCUAUCAGUAAGUACUGCAAGUGCUUGAAACAGAAGAAAGACUUUGAAGAAAUGUUUGAGAAGUUCGUUGUAGAGAAUAUUGAGAAGUGUUUUGGACUGUUUGACUUUAAAGCGUUAAAAAUAGCGAAGGAACAGAAGGCAAAGUUACUUGAAAGUGCCGAGAAGGACACCACAAAGAACGUUUCGAAGAACAAGAAGCGAGAUAUAUACAAACAGAAACAGAAACAGAAAACACAAGAGAGUGUUGAAACUCGUCCAAGCGAAAAUGUGUUCACUCGAUGUCACUUCUUGAUAUCUGCAUUAACGUUCACAUCUAACAAUUCGUUCUCGGAGAACAUCAAACAGUUGAUACAAAAAAUUAGUAAGACGGAAACAACGAGUGACACGGAUCUAAUCGCUUCCAUUUGUUAUUACGUAACAAAGUGUGUGUCGACAUUCCAUAAUGAGGGUUCCAGUGUGUACAAUGAGAUUGUGAAAAACUUGAUCUUACAUAUGGUCUUUGUUAUUGAGUAUCUAGAAAGUAAAUUAAACACAGAACUGUACUAUCAUAUGGUCUUCUCUCUCUUCGGACUGAUUGGGAAUUUCUAUGAGAAGUCUCAUGUAGAGAACAUUAACGCGAAGGUCUUAGUCAAUUGCAUCUCUCCGUUUUUGGAGCGAUUUGCGAACUAUCCAGUGUACUUCAUCGAAGCUAUUAAGUUGUAUUUACUCGUGUCCGAAUCUGUCAACCAGUUGAAUUGCGGAUUUAUUAACACGCUGUCGAAGAAAGACGACAAGACAGUUAAUCGCGUUUUUAACAUGAAGAACAUCGAGAGUUAUAUACUGAAGGUAUACCCGAUUGUAACAUCAGCAGAUCUCUUCGUGUUGUUAAUCAAAAACCUUCCACACACGUCUCAACUACUUUCAAGGCUUUUAAAAGACAUUGGAUUCAAUAAGAAGAUGAUCGAGAUGAUGGCGGAGACGGAAGACUUGUCUGGACUGUUUAAGUGGUAUUGGAGAGGUCAUUGGGGAGAUGAAAAGAUGGGACUUUUGAGACUGAUUUACACUCUUUACUGUUCUCAAAAAGACUUUGUCAGCAAAUUGGUGUUAUACCCAUACCCCGUCAAAGUUGAUGAAACGACGCCAUGUGGGUUUGAGAACUUUUGUAGAGAGACACUGAUCCCAGUCAACUUCAUGAUAUUCAAAGUUGCUGAGACGCCAAUGAGCUUUAACUUUUUACUCACGAAAAUUGACGGAGAGAUUAAUGAUACAAAGAUAUGCACUUAUUUGAACGUCUUGUUGUUGGAGGCGUGUGACACGCAAGACUCACUUCUAAUUGAAAAGGCUAUUCAACAAAUUAAGUGUUACGACACGCAUUUGGAUGUCAUUUUAAACGAAGAGUUACUCGAGAAAGUCUCCAAAUUCAUUGGUACCAUUUCAGAUGACUCGUUUGACUUCUUGGCGAAGUUCUCCACAGUGGCCAUUGAAAGUGGCGCACAACUCUUUUCGUUGUGUCACACCAAGUUGCACGAGUUUGUGGUAAAGCUUUCCCAGAGGAAUUGUGCGAUCGUCAAGAAAUACGCAGAGAGUUAUUUCACGUCGUUUACUGAGUUUGUGACACGCUCCCCGACCAAAGUCAACACCAUUUCAAAUGCAAUCGAAUUCUGCAAAAUUUUAUAUAAGAAAUUUGGGAAAGAUGUUGUGAGGCAGAAUGAGUUUGCGGGGAUGAUUGCGGACACAUUGACUGGUGUUGAGUUGGGGUACACCAUCUGCGAACUGUUUUCGGAGAUAAUUGACAUUGAAAAUGUUAGAGAGACUGUAUUAAAGUUACUCUCAACACAACAAACAUUGAAUUAUAAAUGGAAGGGACGCAUCACAGAACAGUUUGCUGUGUUAUUAGGGAAGGUGUUAUUACGCGAGAGGAGUUCGAUGGCAACAAAUGUUUCUUCAAAUGACACAAGCGAGAUUGUUAAGAGUAAAGUUGUGACAGUACAACUGAUGAAAAUGGUGUACAACCAAUACACUAAAACACUUUCACUGACAGAUAAGAUCCUCUUUUUGAUCAUCAGAAAGUUUGCAAACGAGUUUCCGAAAAUGCCAUUUGUUGCGUCUUCGACACCUUUUGACUACAGUUACACAAUUAACAACUUCUUCUCCGAACCCGCUUUUUUCAAGACGGAACUGUUCAAUUCUUCCCUCAGCAAUUUUCCGUUCAACAGAAGAUACGAUGAAACGUUUGAGGAGUUGUUUGACACACAAAACACAACAACUCGAUGCGUUGAAAUUGACCAAAAUGGCUCUGAGAAUACAACAGAAAGUAACACUGAAAAUAAGAUGGAGAUGGUGAACACUAAAAUACAACCAAAGAAAUUGGAAUUCACGAAAACAGUUGAUCCGGCUUAUCUAUUACCACUUCUGUAUCGAUUGGUCAAUUUGUAUAUCAACAACACAAAGCUCAAAUUCAACGGAAGAGCCUUUGCGACAAACGGGUUCUUGUCAUACGUCAUUGCAUGCACUUCCCUGACUGAUGAAAAGCUACGCAAAGUUUCUUAUUGUGUCUUACAACGGUCGAUCUACUUGUUGAACACACAGACAACAUUCCAGCAAUUCCAUUUAUUCAACUUUUGUAGCAUCUUCUUGCAAAUGUUGCGGAACACUACAGAUGUGGAGAAUAAAAGAUACGCGCCACUGUCUUCGAUGUACUUUGCUCGAAUGUCUAAAGCACUUUUCUCACGUGUGACACCAUUCUGGCUGUCUCUUGCUAAAGAGGUGAUGAUGACAAAUUUGGGACAGUUGUAUAUGUUCCCGUUUCAAAUGAUGAGAACGGCCGAAGGGAAGCCGAUUCAAAUGCUCUUGUUAGUCUUAGAAUGCAUAGAAGACUCGGCCAGCGAGCAUUAUAACAUGCAAGCUGUUAUCAAGAAGAAUAAAGUCUAUGAAACCGUCUUUUCUAUUCUCUCGAAUGCAUUUACUAAGAUGAGUGACUGCGUGUUACUCAUUAAACAACUUGAAAAGGUCAUUUCGAAGGUGGGAGGCGCGUAUUGUGGUCUCUUUUAUUUACUCGAAACAUUAGAAGGGAAUUACUGCAAAUACUUGGCAAGUGGCAUACUGAGAAUAUUCCUCUUGAUCGUUCAACAAAAAGAGUUAAUGGAAUAUCGCGAUGAUUACUGUAGCAUUGUUCUCAAAAUAGUCAACAAGUUACUCUCGAUCAUUAACAAAGACGAUGAAAUGAGAACAGUCGAAAUCGUUGCAAAGACUCAAAAGGUCUUCGACGUGUUAGAAAUGAAAGAAGACCACGUGGGAAAGUUCUUUGAGUUGUGCAACGAAGAAGAGCUCAACGCCUUUUUCAAUAGAAGAAUACAAUUCGCUCGAAUCACUAAUGAAAAGACCAAGUGGUUUUAA